ACAUAGGCGUCCCCUGCUUCCAAGUGUUAAAACAUUAGUUCCUGUUUCUCCUUCCGGUCCCGGUUAUUAUUGCAUCAGCAUCUCAUUCAGCCCUGUGGAAAUGUCGAGCUCAGCAGACACAGUGAAAGGGAGGCGGGUCCAGCCUCCAUGGUCUCCACCCGCAGGAACAGAGGUUCCUCAGCUGCGGCUCUACAACAGCCUGACCAGAACCAAGGAGCCGUUCGUUCCUCAGAAGGGCAACAGAGUGACGUGGUAUUGCUGCGGGCCCACAGUGUACGAUGCGUCACACAUGGGACACGCCAGGUCCUACAUUUCCUUUGACAUCCUGCGCCGGAUACUGAGGGACUACUUCAAGUACGACGUCUUCUACUGCAUGAACAUCACCGACAUUGACGACAAGAUCAUUAAAAGGGCCCGGCAGAACCACCUUCUGGACCAGUACAGAGAGAAGCAACCAAAGGCAGCGAAGAUCCUGCAGGACGUCCUUAGUGCACGAGUGCCCUUCCAGGAGCAGCUGGUUUCCACCACAGACCCAGAUAAGAAGCAGAUGUUGGAGCGACUCGAUGCCGCCGUCACAUCGGCUCUGCAGCCACUGCAGGGGGCGAUGGAGAAGAACGCAGCAGAUGAAGUCCUACAACCUUUGGCUCAGGUGUUGUUGGAGAAAUCCAAGGAUCUUCUGUCAGAAUGGUUGGACAAACAGUUUGGAAGCCAAGUCACCGAGAACUCCAUCUUCUCUGUCCUUCCUAAAUACUGGGAAGGAGAGUUCCACAAGGACAUGGAGGCCCUGAACGUUCUACCUGCUGAUGUUCUCACCCGAGUCAGCGAGUACGUGCCAGAGAUCGUGGAGUUUGUGGAAAAGGUUGUCUCAAACGGUUACGGGUAUGAGUCCAACGGUUCUGUCUACUUUGACACCCAGAAGUUUGAUUCCAGUCCGCAGCACUCGUACGCCAAACUGGUUCCAGAGGCUGUGGGAGAUCAGAAAGCUUUGCAGGAGGGAGAAGGCGAUCUGAGCAUCUCUGCAGACAGACUGAGUGAGAAAAAGUCCCAGAACGACUUUGCCUUGUGGAAAGCCUCAAAGCCAGGAGAGCCGUCCUGGGACUCACCGUGGGGGAAGGGCCGGCCGGGUUGGCACAUCGAGUGUUCGGCCAUGGCUGGCUCCAUCUUAGGAGAGUCUAUGGACAUCCAUGGAGGAGGAUUUGAUCUCCGCUUCCCCCAUCAUGACAACGAGCUGGCCCAGUCUGAGGCGUUCUUUGAGAACGAUCACUGGGUGCGUUACUUCCUGCACACUGGUCACCUGACCAUCGCCGGCUGCAAGAUGUCCAAAUCACUCAAAAAUUUCAUCACCAUUAAAGACGCUUUGGCCAAGAACACAGCGCGACAGCUCCGCUUGGCCUUCCUCAUGCAUUCCUGGAAAGACACCCUGGAUUAUUCCUCUAACACCAUGGAGUCGGCCGUCCAGUAUGAGAAGUUCCUGAAUGAGUUCUUCUUGAACGUCAAAGAUAUCCUCAGAGCUCCCACAGAUCUUACCGGCCGCUUCGAGAAGUGGGAGGCUGCCGAGAUCGAGCUGAACAACAGUUUCUAUGACAGGAAGUCCGCCGUCCACCAGGCCCUGUGUGACAACAUGGACACGCGCGGCGCCAUGGAGGAGAUGAGGUUGCUGGUCAGCCACAGCAACAGCUACAUCGCUGGCAGGAAGAGCUCCAAGCUGAGGCCCAACCGCCUGCUGCUGGAGAGCAUCGCCUCAUACCUCACCAACAUGCUGAAGAUCUUUGGAGCGAUCGAAGGUUCGGAUCCCAUCGGUUUUCCUGUCGGAGGCCAAACAGUCGAUCUGGAGAGCACGGUGAUGCCGUACCUCGCCGUGCUGUCAGACUUCAGAGAGAACGUCCGGCGAAUCGCCAGAGAGCAGAAAGUAACGGCGCUGCUGCAGCUGUGCGACGUGGUGCGGGACGACACGCUGCCGGAGCUGGGAGUCCGACUGGAGGAUCAUGAAGGUCAGCCCACCGUGGUGAAACUGGUGGAUAAGGAGACUUUACUGAAGGAGAAAGAGGACAAGAAGAAGAUGGAAGAGGAGAAGAAACGGAAGAAGGAAGAAGCUGCCAGGAGGAAACAGGAGCAGGAGAUGGCGAAACUGGCCAAGAUGAAGGUCCCUCCAUGCGAGAUGUUUCGCUCCGAAACAGACAAAUAUUCCUCAUUUGACGACACGGGUUUUCCCACUCACGACGCGGAGGGAAAGGAGCUCAGCAAAGGCCAGGCGAAGAAGCUGAGGAAGCUCUACGAGGCUCAGGAGAAGCUUCACAACGAAUAUCUUCAAAUGAACCAGAACGGAAACUGAGCCCUGCAGACCAUCCAUGCGACGUCACCCUCUGCUUUUAUGUUCAUAAACACGUUUAAAUCAGCUCCCAAAUCUCUACUUUAUUUUUUGCAUUGAAAGAGAAACAUUUUCUAAGUUUCCCCAUGAGCAGAAAGGAACUGGGUG